UGCGAUCAUUUGGUAGUCAUUAUUCAUAAGAUUGUUUUUAUUGUCAUCACUUUUUAAACUAUAGUCUGUUUUUUUUCUAAAAGAUUUUAUUGUCUGCAUCGAGAAAAUUUUCAGUUAAAAUGGUGACAUCGAAGUGCUGGAUUCUGAACAAGAAGCAUCCUGAUUUACCAAAGGCUGAUGAUUUCAAGCUCAUUACCGAAACUUUACCAGCAUGCAGUGACAAUGAGUUCAUCGUGGAGGCGGAAUGGAUCUCCGUGGACCCGUACAUCCGCAUCGCGCUUACUGACCAGCAGCUGGGCAGCGUGAUCACCGGCGGACAGGUGGCCAGAGUGAUUGAGAGCAAGAAUCUCGCAUAUCCAGUGGGUAGUCGCGUUGUUGGAUACUUCGGAUGGAGGACUCAUACGCUUCUCUCUGAUGAAAUCAUGGCAAGAAAAAGCUUCGGUAACUUAGAAAACUACAAGCUUUUCCCAGAAGUUGAGGGUCUUUCUCACUCUACCGCCUUGGGAAUCUUGGGAAUGCCUGGAAUUACUGCGUAUUAUGGCUUCCUGGAAAUAUGCGACCCGAAGCCGGGAGAAGUAGUGCUCGUCAACGCCGCUGCUGGAGCCGUCGGCAGCGCGGUCGUCCAGAUAGCCAAGAUUAAAGGCUGCAAGGUAAUCGCGUUCGCGGGUUCGGCGGACAAAGUUUCUUGGCUGCGGGAGCUCGGCGCCGACGUCGCCGCCAACUACAAGACGGACGACGUCGCUCAGGUCAUCAGGGACGCGGCGCCAAACGGCGUCAACUGCUACUUUGAUAACGUUGGAGGCGAAUUCUCGUCAAAAGUGAUCCCUUUGAUGGCAAGCAUGGGCCGCGUGUCACUGUGCGGUGCAAUAUCCACGUACAACGACCACACCAGACACAUUGGAGUCUCAACCAUGUGCAGUCCGCUGUCUGAAGGCACGAUCAUCUGGAAGCAGCUUCGCGUGGAGGGCUUUAUUGUGACUCGCUGGCUACCGCGAUGGCGCGAAGGUAUCAAGCAGAUGAGAGACUGGAUUGAUGAGGGUAAGCUGAAGUACAGAGAGACUGUUACCGAGGGAUUCGAGAACCAGCCCAAAGCAUUCAUCGGGCUGUUCACGGGUGACAACAUUGGCAAGGCGGUCGUCAAGGUCUGAGAACAGAGUACUGGCGGAUCGACGAAUUUCUCUGAACACUUUCUGCUAAAAAACAUUCAAGAGACGCCGCGUAGAAAUCCUGGGCGUGGGUUGGUGCAUGAAAUUAAAACUGUAUCAGAUACCCUCUAUACCAUAAUUGAGCGUAAACCCAAAAAUUGCAUCAUAUACUAGGUCUUAUCUCUAUUAAAGCAAACAAAAGCUUACUGAACGCAAUCAGCGUAAAUGAUGCUGUGGACUCGUACGAAUUCGAUGAAGACGUCUAGAAAUAAGUAUCCACUAUGCAGUAUGAUUUUGAUAACAAAUGGUUACACAAUUUAUACUAUAUGUAGAAUGUUGUCAAAUUACGGGACUAGCCAUAUGUAUUAAAUAAGUUGGUAUACCCACAGGAAUACCAAAUUUCCAAGUUUUUUUUUUACAAUUCCUUGCCCGCUACCGAAAAUUUUUU